AUGGAUCCCAGCAUCAUUGGAAGUCUUCAUCCACAUGAGCAGCAGCAGCUCAUGAGCACUUUAGAAGCACAGCAAAUGGAGCAAGCGAUGCAGUUCAACACACAUCUCAUUGAGCACUGCUUCAAUGCAUGCAUAAAUGAUUUCACCAGUAAAGUUGUUAGCAAAAAAGAGAACACAUGUGUGACAAGAUGCGUGGACAAGUUCACCAACUACUCCAAGCGUCUGUCACUUAGAUUUCAAGAAAGCUAUCAAGAGCGCCAGAAUGAAUUCCAAGGAAAUGAAUAG